AUGAGGAAGAGGCUCAGCGAUGAGAUGGGAGGCAGAGGGCUCAACGAUGAGGACAGAGGGCUCAGCAUGAGGAGGGGGAGGGUCACAUGAGGAAGGAGGCAGAGGGGGCUCAACGAUGAGGACAGAGGGCUCAGCAUGAUGGGAGGACAGAGGGCUCAGCGAUGAGGGACUAAGAGGGCUCAGAGGAUGAGGACGAGAGGGCUCAGCGGUGAGGAUGGGAGGGCAGAGGGCUCAACGAUGAGGACAGAGGGCUCAGCAAUGAGGAUGGGAGGGCAGAGGGCUCAACGAUGAGGACAGAGGGCUCAGCGAUGAGGAUGGGAGGGCAGAGGGCUCAACGAUGAGGACAGAGGGCUCAGCAAUGAGGAUGGGAGAGCAGAGGGCUCAACGAUGAGGACAGAGGGCUCAGCAAUGAGGAUGGGAGGGCAGAGGGCUCAACGAUGAGGACAGAGGGCUCAGCGAUGAGGAUGGGAGGGCAGAGGGCUCAGCGAUGAGGACAGAGGGCUCAGCGAUGAGGAUGGGAGGGCAGAGGGAUCAAUGAUGAGGACAGAGGGCUCAGCGAUGAGGAUGGGAGGGCAGAGGGCUAAGCGAUGAGGACAGAGGGCUCAGCGAUGAGGACAGGGCUCAGCGAUGAGGACAGGAGGACAGAGGGCUCAGCGAUGAGGACAGGAGGACAGAGGGCUCAGUGAUGAGGAUGGGAGGACAGAGGGCUCAGCGAUGAGGGCUCAGCGAUGAGGAUGGGAUGACAGAGGGCUUACGCAGAGAUGCUUUGAGCUCUGAUUUACGUUCAAUUCCAUGAGCAUUUAUGGUAUAAUAGGUCCAUUAAACUACAUAUAACUGGAUUAUUCAUCUCGUUCCACACCUUCUCUAUCCUUUUCUUGCCCCCUUUCACUCUUUUGUACAGUACCCUUUACUUUAUUUCACUCUCUUGUAUACACAUCACACACAGUACAGAUGAAUCAUAGCCUGGUCCCCCGCAGAUACCACUGAGUGAGUGGGGCGUUGCUGUGUCACACUCACACACACUGUCCCUCAAUGACCCCACACAGAGCUUGAAGCCUUCUGGUGCCAUUAGUGCAUUUCACUUACAGUUAUCGACCCCAACCCUAGAUAGAGACCCCCACCUUUCUCUCUCUCUCUUUUCAUUUCUCUCUCUACCACACUCUCCUGUUCUGCCUCCUCCAUUUCUUUCCCUGUGUUCCCCAUCUCCCACUGUGCUUUUGACAGUUGGUGAAUCGAAUGGACAUGUUUGAUAUGUGUGCCGUGAAAUAAUAAUAAUGUCCAUGCAGGGGUAAUCAAAGUACAUUCAUGGUAUGACACCCUAUUUUGAGACUAACACAAUCAUUCAUGAAUUUAAAAAUAUGCAGGUAUUUAUCCUGGAAAUUGAAAAGGGGCUGAUGUUACAGUGAAUAAAUGAUUAUACAGCUACAUUGCAACAAUACAGCAAGAAUGACUUAAUGCUGCUACAGCAGCACAGCAAUAAUUAGCUAAUAUUGCUACAGAACAGAGCUAAUAUUGCUACAGAACAGAGCUAAUAUUGCUACAGAACAGAGCUAAUAUUGCUAGUAGAUGUCUGCCUGCCUGCCUGCCUGCCUGCCUGCCUGCCUGCGUGUGUGUGUGUGUGUGUGUGUGUGUUGCAGUGGUUGUUAUCAGCCCCUGGCAGUUGUCUUGAGGUAUUUGGUGUCAGGGCAGGAUGAGUAUCACACUGUUGCUUUAUGUCCCGCCUGGCAGCCCUCUCUGGAAUGUGGCCCAUGUGACUCCACCAGCAGCCAAUCAGCUGCCUAUACCAGGCUAGAGCAAUAUGCCUCUGAGUGAGCCCAGGAAAAACACUACCAUUUAUUUCACUGUCUUGUUUAGGAUCAGCUGGCCAUGUUCAGCACAGGGUGGUAAAGAGAACGCACUCAAAGCAGUGAUAUGAAGCUGUGUUAGCUAGUCGCAUCUAAGACAUGAAAUCACUUCAUAUACAGAUUGCAUCAGUUAAGGGAAAACCAUGUAGUCCAGAAACAGAGUUUAACAAUUUGUCCUAGUAUUACUAGCCUUGGACCUGUGUCCCCCACUCUCCACUUUACAAACAGAAGCAGAAUUUGAUUGUUCAAUACAAGGUUAUUGUCCAAUGUUGAUCAGAAAUGUGUAUUUUCCACUGUUUUAGCUUUGUCUUUCUGUCUGUGUUAGUUUGCUCAGUUUGGCGUUGGGUCUCCCUAAUUAAGGGUGUCAUUUAAGGUCCAGUCCUCCUUGAACACCUGAGAGAGGUGAAUGGAGCGUCGUAGCUGCAGAUAAAAGGCUUUGUCACCGGCUGUGAUGGGUUGUCUGGCGUCUUAUCCCAUAUCCAUGGCAGAGCGGCCCCACACCUAAUGAGAUCUGGCCAGAUUAAACCCUGAGUGGAACUACUCAGGGACCCAGAGAGGUGAGUCUUUGAGGUAGAGUAGGUUCCUUGAGAUGGACAGGAAAUUCAAAACCAUUCUGAAUACCACUUAAAGGCCUGUCUUUAAGAAGACUCUCUUAGGCACAGCGUCAUUAGUUUGAGCAGCUUUAAUUCUGAAUGAGACAUGAACGUGGGUCAAGGAAAGGUGAAACACAUGCUUAACAUAGUUAUUCUCAAAGUAGCUAACCAGUUCAAAAGUAAUUCCAGUACACACUUCCAACAAUUUCCCAUCUACUCCCCAAUGCUAUUGUUCAACACACUGUGUGAGAGUGGGAGGGAUGUGUGACAGGCUGCUUAUUUGAACACCAGUGGGACUCUGUCUCUAGUCUGAAUCAUUAGUCUCCCCCCUUCCCAUUCCCCUCUUCCCAAUGUCUCUUUUUCUCUUCUUUUCCUGAUGGUCUCUGUCUAUUUCCCUGAAUAUAAAUAUGUUUCCAACACGCACACAAGCACCCUAUUUCUCGCUAACAUCCACCCACCUCCUCCACCAAGGCAGUGAGAUGCAGCACAGUGUCCAACAGCACCCCGUUGCUUUAGAAACCUUGGCCAGUGAAAGGAAGACUAAAGCGUUUUUUACACCAAGGAGAUCGAAAGAGACCCAAGCUGUUAGUUAGCUCCUGCUAAUCACAUAUGGCGCCAUCUUUGUAGUAUGGUGUACCGUGCACUCUGGGAGCCUGUCGCAGAAGUGGGCUCUGCCUGUCAUGAAAAUGAAAUGGUAUUACAGAGCUUAUGUGUUUAGCGUUGCACGUUGUUCAAUGGCAGCUGCCAGUGCCAUCCAAAUAAGGAUAUUUCAUUCAAUGUAUGGUUCAGUGUGCUCAGUAUGUUCAAUGUUAACAAGCGCUAUCCUGCCACAUUGCCGAAGGCUAAUUUUAUAGUCAAUUAAACUCUAGGGAAAUGGUAUAGUAAGUAGCAGCAAGCGCUUCUUCAGCAUCUCAAAAGUUGCAUUACUGUCAGCUGAAGAAUGUGUUUUACUCCUCCUUUACCCCAUUAGAGCUGUGUGGCUUGUCAGACUGACAAUAGGUAAUUGGGUGUUGUCAUUCUGACACAUACAUACUGUGCAGAAUGGUAGAACUCUUGCCAGCCUCUCCGUCGUCGUGUGUGUCACUCUCCAAUUCCUCUUCUGCUAAAAAUAAACCGGCGCUGCAGUGAUGAUGGUGGUGGCGAUGACCUGCCUCCAAACCUAGUCUCCAGCACAGAAUUGUAAUAGGGAGAUGUGGCUGAUGCAGAAUCCUUAAUGGAUUUAUCUUUGCCUCCCUCCGUUUUGAUUCUGUUAUUCUCUAUAUCUACCCAUCGCCACGGUAGAUGUAAUGUAUUGAAACAUGCUUAGUCAUAAUCGAGUAAAGAGGAAGUUGUCCUACGCCCCCUCUGUAAAUUACUGCCAGUUGUGUUCAUGCAGCACAGCAUAAAUAUGAUUUGCUCUCAGGGGUCGCGUUAGCUUUCAGAAGUCUGCAUUUUCAAAACGCAGACCCUCUCAAAAUCUGUGUGUUAAUAGAUUUCACCUGCCUUCUAAUUAAACCAAAUCGACAAUAAAUACAUGGCUCCACUCAGUGUUCUAGAAUGCAGGAAAAUACGGGUCAGUUCAAAAUGGUGCUAUGUGAAUACUUCGUUUUCUUUACCCUAUGUCAUUAUAAUCACAUGCAAUAAUCAGUAGUCUGAACGAUAUUAUAGCCGUAAUAUGCUUGUAGCCUACUCGACAGUGUUGAAGAAAUACGAACGCUAUAGGUCCGUUGGAAAAAUGUAACGCUCGCAACACGCAUCUGAUUUAAUUAAUUAUUAAUAGGAUUAAUUUGAUUUCAUUCUUUUACAUUUUUCAUUGUAACCACUAUUAUUAUUGUCGAUCAACAAUGGCAUGCCACCGGGGUCUGACAAUUUGGAUGGAAAAUUACGGAGGAUAAUAGCGGACGAUAUUGCCACUCCUAUUUGCCAUAUCUUCAAUUUAAGCCUACUAGAAAGUGUGUGCCCUCAGGCCUGGAGGGAAGCAAAAGUUAUUCCCAUACCUAAGAAUAGUAAAGCCCCCUUAACUGGGUCAAAUAGCCGACCAAUCAGCCUGUUACCAACCCUUAGUAAACUUGGAAAAAAUGGUGUUUGACCAGUUAAAAUGCUAUUUUACAGUAAACAAAUUGACAACAGACUUUGAGCACGCUUAUAGGGAAGGACAUUCAACAACCACAGCACUUACACAAAUGACUGAUGAUUGGCUGAGAGAAAUGGAUAAAAAUAUUUUGGGGGCUGUUUUGUUAGACUUCAGUGCGUCUUUUGACAUUAUCGGUCAUAGUCUGUUGCUGGAAAAACGUAUGGCUUUACACCCCCUGCUAUAUUGUGGAUAAAGAGUUACCUGUCUAACAGAACACAGAGGGUGUUCUUUAAUGGAAGCCUCUCCAACAAAAUCCAGGUAGAAUCAGGAAUUCCCCAGGGCUUUGAGUAAAGCCAGUGUGUCUAUGUAUGCGGAUGACUCAACACUAUACACGUCAGCUACCACAGCGGCUGAAAUGACAGCAACACUUAACAAAGAGCUGCAGUUAGUUUCAGAAUGGGUGGCAAGGAAUAAGUUAGUCCUAAAUAUUUCAAAAACUAAAAGCAUUGUAUUUGGGACAAAUCAUUUACUAAACCCUAAACCUGAACUAAAUCUUGUAAUGAAAAAUGUGGAAAUUGAGCAAGUUGAGGAGACUAAAUUGCUUGGAGUAACCCUGGAUUGUAAAAUGUCAUGGUCAAAACAUAUUGAUACAACAGUAGCUAGGAUGGGGAGAAGUUGUCUAUAAUAAAGCGCUGCUCUACAUUCUUAACAGCACUAUUAGCAAGGCAGGGCCUACAGGCCCUAGUUUUGUCGCACCUGGACUACUGUUCAGUCGUGUGAUCAGGUGCCACAAAGAGGGAUUUAGGAAAAUUGCAAUUGGCUCAGAACAGGGCAGCACGGCUGGCCCUUGGAUGUAAACAGAGCUAACAUUAAUAAUAUGCAUGUCAAUCUCUCCUGGCUCAAAGUGGAGGAGAGAUUGACUUCAUCACUACUUGUAUUUGUGAGAGGUAUUGACAUGCUGAAUGCACCGAGCUGUCUGUUUGAACUACUGGCACACAGCACAGACACCCAUGCAUACCCCACAAGACAUGCCACCAGAGGUCUCUUCACAGUCCCCAACUCCAGAACAGACUAUGGGAGGCGCACAGUACUACAUAGAGCCUUGACUACAUGGAACUCUAUUCCACAAGUAACUCAUGCCAGCAGUAAAAUAAAAAUUUAAAAACAGAUAAAAAUAUGCCUUAUGGAACAGUGGGGACUGUGAAGCAACACAAACAUAGACACAUGCAUACAAACACACGAUAACAUACGCACUAUACACACAUGUACACAUGGAUUUUGUGUUAUAGAUAUGUGGUAGUAGAGUAGAGGCCUGAGGGCACACACUUAAUAUGUUGUGAAAUCUGUUAUGAAUGUAUUGUAAUAUUUUUAAUGUUUAACUGCCUUAAGUGUGAAAACAUCGACAUAAUAAACAUUGUCAACAUAAAUGUGCGCCUUUCUUACUUCCUCAUCUCCCUCCUUUGCUCUCUGUUUUCUCCUUUCGGCACCCUGGUCAAAAAGGGUGCAUGCCCUAGCAAAGUAAACAUUUCAAUAGUACAGUGCCUUUGGAAAGACCCCUUGACUUUUUCCACAUUUUGUUACGUUACAGCCUUAUUCUAAAAUAUAUUAUUUUUAAAACAAGUACUCAGCAAUCUACACACAAUACCCAAUAAUGACAAAGCAAAAACAGUUUUAUUUUUGCAAAUUUAUUAAAAAUAAAAACAGAUACCAUAUUUACAUUAAGUAUUCAGACCCUUUGCUAUGAGACUCAAAAUUGAGCUCAGGUGCAUCCUGUUUCCAUUGAUCAUCCUUGAUGUUUCAACAACUUGAUUGGAGUCCACCUGUGGUAAAUUCUAUUGAUUGGUCAUGAUUUGGAAAGGCACACACCUGUCUAUAAAAGGUCCCACAGUUGUCAGAGCAAAAACCAAGCCAUUAGGUCGACGGAAUUGUCCAUAGAGGCACAGAUCUGGGGAAGGGUACCAAAACAUUUCUGCAGCAUUGAAGGUCCACAAGAACACAGUGGCCUCCAUCAUUCUUAAAAUGGAAGAAGUUUGGAACCACCAAGACUCUUCCUAGAGCUGGGCGCCCGGCCAAACUGAGCAAUCAGGGGAGAAGGGCCUUGGUCAGGGAGGUGACCAAGAACCCAAUAGUCAGUCUGACAGAGCUCUAGAGUUCCUAUGUGGAGAUGGGAGAACCUUCCAGAAGGACAACCAUCUCUGCAGCACUCCACCAAUCAGGCCUUUAUGGUAGAGUGGCAUGACUGAAGCCACUCCUCAGUAAAAGGCACAUGACAGCCCGCUUGGAGUUUGCCAAAAGGAACCUAAAGACUCUCAGACCAUGAGAAACAAGAUUCUCUGGUCUGAUGAAACCAAAAUUGAACUCUUUGGCCUGAAUGUCAAGCAUCAUGUCUGGAGGAAACCGGGCACCAUUCCUACGGUGAAGCAUGGUGGUGGAAGCAUAAUGCUGUGGGGAUGUUUUUCAGCGGCAGGGACUGGGAGACUAGUCAGGAUUGAGGCAAAUAUGAACAGAGCAAAGUACAGAGAGAUCCUUGAUGAAAACCUGUCCAGAGCGCUCAGGACCUCAAACUGGGGCGACGGUUCACCUUCCACCAGGACAACGACCCUAAGCACACAGCCAAGACAAUGCAGGAGUGGCUUCGGGACAAGUCUCUGAAUGUCCUUGAGUGGCCCAGCCAGAGCCCGGACUUGAACCCGAUCUAAUCGACUCCCUUCACGUACCCUCUCCCCACAGACAGGCAGACAAGUGGUUUGGAGGGUUGAUGAGACGUUUCGGAUCUAUUAAAUGUUUGAACUUGAAAUGUAAUGUCAUGGUCAAUACACCUGCAUUUUCAGAAUGCAACACAUUUAGUUUAGCUGUUUUUUUUUUGUAAAACAGAAUUCAAAUUUGUGCUUUAGCUAGACUAAAUCUCUAUGCUCUGUUAGAAAUUAGUGAUGAGUGCUACAUUUCUAUGUAAACAGCCUACAGUCCUCGCAAAUGCUCUCUUUAACACACACACACACACAGACGCAUGUAUGUACACACACACACACACACACACACACACUACUCCGGAUUAUAGGGAUUGGGCUGCCUCUGUGAGCAAUGGGCAUUGGGCCAACGCACUAACAGGCUGGUCUUUAGAUCAUACAAUGGUUUUACUCUUCCUACAGUGCCUUCAGAAACUAUUCACACCCGUUGACCUUUUCCACAUUUUGUUGUUUCAAAGUGGGAUUAAAAUUGAUUUAAUUGUCUUUUUUUUGGUCAAUAAUCUACAUAAAAUACUCUGUCAAUAAAUAAAUAAUAAUAUUCAUGUAAAAUAAAACCCUGAUAUCUUGAUUAGAUAAGUAUUCAACCCCCUGAGUCAAUACAUGUUAGAAUCACCUUUGACUGCGAUUUACAGCUGUCUUUCUGGGUAAGUCUCUAAGAGCUUUGCACACUUGGAUUGUACAAUAUUUGCCCAUUAUUCUUUAAAAAAUUAUUCAUGUUUUAUCAAGUUGGAUGUUGAUGAUUGCUAGACAGCCAUUUUGAGGUCUUGCCAUAGCCUCAUGGUGAAAUCCCUGAGCGGUUUCCUUCCCCUCCGGCAAGGGAGUUAGGUAGGGUGCCUGUAUCUUUGUAGUGAAUGAUACAGCAUCCAAAGUUAAUUAAUAACUGCACCAUGCUCAAAGGAAUAUUCAAUGUCUGCUUUAAAAAAAUAUAUAUAUACAUCUACCAAUAGGUCUCCUUCUUUACGAGGCAUUGGAAAACAUCCCUGGUCUUUGUGGUUGAAUCUGUGCUUGAAAUUCACUGCUAGACUGAGGGACCUUACAGCAGGGGAGGCUGCUGAGGGGAGGACGGCUCAUAAUAAUAGCUGGAACGGCGCAAAUGGAAUGACAUCAAACCAUGUGUUUGAUACCAUUCCACCUGUUCCGCUCCAGCCAUUACCACAAGCCCGUCCUCCCCAGUUAAGGUGCCACCAAACAAGAUUUUUGUUUUUUAUUAAUUUGUAAACAUUUCAAAAAACAUAAUUACACUUUCACAUUAUGGGUUAUUGUGUGUAGACCAGUGACACAAAAUGUAAAUUAAAUCCAUUUUAAAUUCAGGCUGUAACGCAACAAAAUGUUGAAAAGUCAAGGGGUGUGAAAAUUUUUUGAAGGCACUGUAAGUAAUCUCUUAUAUUUGUGGUAGCUAACUUUGAAUGCAGAACUUUAAACCGUUCUGUGAGUGUUUUAGUCAGGCCUUCUUUAUUUGUUGGACAUUUUUGAUCUGACUGAACAAUACAAUAAAACUGUUUCCAUGCAUCCUAGACAUUCGAUUAGGCCUGUCUCUAGUUUCUAGUUUUUCAAAGGCAACUUGUCUUUCAGUCCCAAUAUUUUGAGGAGACCUGGUGAACGUAAACUAAACUCAGCAAAAAAAGAAAGGUCCCUUUUUCAGGACCCUGUCUGUCAAAGAUAAUUUGUAAAAAUCCAAAUAACUUCACAGAUCUUCAUUGUAAAGGGUUUAAACACUGUUUCCCAUGCUUGUUCAAUGAACCAUAAACAAUUAAUGAACAUGUGGAACAGUCGUUAAGUCACUAACAGCUUACAGACGUUAGGCAAUUAAGGUCACAGUUAUGAAAACUUAGGACACUAAAUAGGCCUUUCUACUGACUCUGAAAAACACCAAAAGAACGAUGCCCAGGGUCCCUGCUCAUCUGCGUGAACGUGCCUUAGGCAUGCUGCAAGGAGACAUGAGGACUGCAGAUGUGGCCAGGGCAAUAAAUUGCAAUGUCCGUACUGUGAGACGCCUAAGACAGCGCUACAGGGAGACAGGACGGACAGCUGAUCGUCCUCGCAGUGGCAGACCAGGUGUAACAACACCUGCACAGGAUCGGUACAGCCGAACAUCACACCUGCGGGACAGGUAUAGGAUGGCAACAACAACUGCCCGAGUUACACCAGGAACGCACAAUCCCUCAAUCAGUGCUCAGACUGCCUGCAAUAGGUUGAGAGAGGCUGGACUGAGGGCUUGAAGGCCUGUUGUAAGGCAGGUCCUCGCCAGACAUCACCGGUGACAACGUCGCCUAUGGGCACAAACCCACCGUCGCUGAACCAGACAGAACUGGCAAAAAGUGCUCUUCACUGACGAGUCACAGCAAGAACUGACAAAUCUGGUGCAGUCCAUGCGGAGGAGAUGCACUGCAGUACUUAAUGCAGCUGGUGGCCACACCAGAUACUGACUGUUACUUUUGAUUUUGACCCCCCCUUUGUUCAGGGACACAUUAUUCAAUUUCUGUUUAGUCACAUGUCUGUGGAACUUGUUCAGUUUAUGUCUCAGUUGUUAAAUCUUGUUCAUACAAAUAUUUACACAUGUUCAGUUUGCCCGAAAAUAAACACAGUUGACAGUGAGAGGACGUUUCCUUUUUUUGCUGAGUUUAGAAAUAGAAGGUAAUCUGUGGUCUCAGGAGACCUGAAAUGAAAUGCUUCCAGGCUGAAUACAUUAGUAGCCCAAACACACUGCUGCUCCCCCACAGGUUUCACCUGCUAAAAAUAGAGAAAGCAGGAAUCAUGCAGAAAGGGAACCAGCACUGUCAGAGAGAGAGAUGAUCGAUUUGCCUUAUUUAUUCGUUCAAGAAGGCGGCGGCCACGUCCAUGUCUAGGCAGUUUCCUGUGAAAGGCCAGUCUGCUGUGGCUCGUGACGGAGGUGCUCUAUUCGCUGAACCUGAAGCUACCACUGGUUGCUGCGCUCGUUUAGGUGAAUUCAACCAGCAUUUUAUUGGCCUCCAUGAUAGUUCAUAAAUACCACAGUUCACAAAGGCAAGGCCACAUAUAGCUGUUCUGUUUCCCUCCUAGUCCUCAUGCUUCUCCCUAUUCGAUUAGGCCUGUCUGUACUUUCUAGUUUUUCAAAGGAAACUUGUCUUUCAGUCCCAAGAUUUUGAGGAGACCUGCGUCUCCCUCUUCUGUCCUUCAACACUUCCUGUAUGUUUGGAUCGUGCUGUGGCUGUUUUCAUGGUAACGCACCCGCACAGCAGAUGACAGCCUACUUAUCGUCCCUCACUCAGCAUAUUAGUGGAAUAAACUGCUACUGUUCUCUGUUGAGUAUAUUAAAACGAUGAUAGGAGACUCGCAGCUCUCAUCUCUCUAGAUGCAAGGGAAGCCUUCCUCUGUUUCCCAGCUGCAGUGGUAGCUGUACACAUCUACAUUGGAAAAAAGAUGUGUAGCCUAAAUUCUAAUUUAUUUUCUGUCUUUGUUUUGAUUUAAAAGUUAGUAUAACCUAUUGAUAUGCAACCUGAUCAUUCACUACCAAUUUCAUAGAUAUCUUAAUUUCUCGAUAAAGGACUAGUAGGCUAGUUAUUCUGCUAUGUAUUUUACGCCAUGUCUGUUCUGGUAGUGGUACCGUAAUGCUGUGUUGAUUGCUGAAUUGAUGUGAAACACUUAAAGGCCAUCUUCAACGGAAAAGUAAUCUUGUCCGCUAGCGUGGGGAGGGACAUCUAGAGCCCUGGCAUGAAUUUUAAGCCCUACCCAUUCCCCCGACGUUCAGGCCUUACCCCGGCCCGAUUGCUUCUGCCAGAUUUAAGGCCCUGCCCGAAAUCAGAAAUAACUUCCUCCAUUAGUAAAUCCAUUAGCUGCUCCUAUGUCUGUCACUCGCUCCCUGUGCGCAGCUCGCUCUGCAUGCGCUCUGCCCAUGGCGCUCAGAGUCCGAGUAUCCAUAGCAACAGCUCUGCUUGGGCUGCUCUGCUCAAUGACGAGACAUGAGAGAGCAGUUAGCUACUUUUAGUCACUAAACUCCGACAAAACUCAAGGAACGUUAUUAUUUUCUUUGAAAUAAUCUCUCCUGUCUUAUAUUUGAUGAGGUUGAAGCACUUUUGACACAAUGUUAUGAUCUUAGUCAGAUAUGACUGUACUGCGCAGCAGAGCAUGAGCAAAUGGCUUCAAAAUGUUAGUGAUACCCAAGCCCUACCCGUACCCUAGUUAUUGAUGAAAAAACACGCCCUACCUGGCCCUAACCCGAUGUAUAAUGUCAGGGGCCCGUCGGGCUCGGGUCGGAUAGCAGAGCUCUAAGGGCAUCCCAUUCCGAUGUCCUGGGAAUACCCAUCAUCCCAGGCAUUAAAAUACAUUGAUUGUUUCUGGGUCACAAGGCUCUUAAUUAUGAGUUACCCCUUGGGCACUACCAUUUACAAAUGUCUUCAACGAGAACUUUCUCACCAGAAGUAAUUGUCCCAUGAUGUGUGAUGAUUAAGAAGCGCUAGGCCUAUAUCUUCAUUUCUCCAGCUAAAUAUGGGACACUUUUGAAUCUCCUGUUGUGGUCAUAUUACUGGAAAACCAUGUUUUUAAAGAAGUCAGGGAUAAGGAGGCUAGGACUAUCAUGAGGCUUUUAAGGAAGUCGACAGCAGCUAGGAAUUUGGCUAUAAAGUUGUAUUCUUAGACUUCAGUCUGAUUGUUACAAACUGCAUUGGACAUGAAAUGCCUUGGGAAAUAUCAUUCUGGUUCUUCUUUCAUUUAUGUAUUGUAAUGAAUAAUAAAGUGUCUUGUAAUACCUCUUGUCUUGUAAUAUGUCUUGUGACCACCUGUGUAAUCUUUGAAUUUCAUGUAGCUCUCCAAACCUAAGGUUGAAGUUUGCCAUGUUCAGUGGGUAAAUGUUUGCCAUUUGUCCAAGUGCUUUUGUGUAAUUUUUUUUUUAGCAGUUUUAGUAUAUUCAUAAAAUGCCCUCUUGUUCACAGAUCUGCACCAACAUUUUCCGGACUCUUCCGCCGAGUGACAACCCUGAUUUUGACCCAGAGGAGGACGAGCCUACUCUCGAGGCCUCAUGGCCACACAUACAGGUAAAACCAUGUCACUUCAACUUCUCUUUACCUACGUGUUAUACCUGCUAGUAUGAGCUAUAUGUAUAUUUCAUUUGCCUCAGAUUUAGUUCAUUGACUUUUCCCAGCUUGUCUACGAGUUCCUCCUGCGAUUCUUGGAGAACCCAGACUUUCAGCCCAGCAUCGCCAAGCGCUACAUUGAUCAGAAGUUCGUGCUGCAGGUAAGCAUCGCAAUCUGAUGUCACAGUGACCCGUCAAUGACCCUUAUCCCCUCAGGUUUCAUGCCAUCAUCGUCAGUCAAAUGGCCACAUGACAGCGACCAUCAGCAGGGGCGGGUUCACUAGGAGGCAAACGGGCCAAAACAUUGAACUUGUCCAAUAAGAUAGACUUAUUUUCCAUUCUAAACGUUUUCCGUUGCGUACACCCCUGGUUUGUCAGUGUUGUUCAAAGCUAUUGUAUUGAUUCAUCAAACAUUGUAGAGAGACUGAUUUUCUGUUGUUUACUGAUGUCACUGUCGGUUCUCUGUGGAACAAAAAGGGUACACGCAGACCUAAGGCCAAACUAAGUGAGGCCAAAAAGACAGACCUGGCAGCCUUACAAGCCUCAGACUGACUGCUUAACAUCUACUCUUCAAAAGACUUGAGUACAAUACAUCAAACACGAACCACGUUGGAAUAAUCAUUUGAUAAAUGAAUCUGUUUUGUUAAAAGUGGUCGUUUUGAUUUGGCUUUGAACAAAAGCGGCACCGAUGUCCAAUUCUGUUUUGUGCUCCAGAGCAGAAAGGUCAGAGUAUGACCGACCGAAAACAAUGAACAUGUUUGAUUGAUUAUUUCUCCUGGCAGUUAUCAAAGCCUGUUUUUUUAACAUGACAUCCUGUGGAAGUUCCUUUGGAGUAUGAAAUUUUACAACAAGUAAAUUUCUUCAGUGUUAGUCUCAGCAUUUAGCCUAGCUUCUCACGGGCACAUCUGCCCUGAUCCCAGAUUGCCCUAGUAUAUCUCAAUGGUAUUUCACCAUCUUAACGUCCCACCUUGGGUCGUAUUCAUUAGGCACCAAAAGGUAGAAAACAGACUGAAACUGGAAGAGACAACCUGACAUUUCCGUUACAAAACUUUUUCUGUGGUGUGCCCUAAUUAAUACGACCCCGUCUCACCCUUGCUGGAGCGCUUCAGCGGCAACCUGCUGGGGCUGGGGCGUGCGUAUUUAUCGAGCCGCCCUCCUCUCCCCAGAGCGAGGGAAUAAACAGGGACGAACGCUAUGGCCUGGAAUGUUGGCUGAGCUGCAGCAUCCGAGGUGCUCUGGCUGAGUUUCCAUGAUGCGAGUGGUGGAGUGGUGUCGUGGGGGAGCUUUAAAUAACUCCCCAUUGUUUACCCUGCUGGAAGGGAAAAGGGGACUGUGGUCGGAAAGAGGCUGGUGAAAGGGCCGGGCUGAGGAGGGGACAGAGAGGGCAGGACCUGUUUUUUUUGUGGUAGUUUUACUCUGCUCUCUAUGAUUGUUGGAGACAGACCUUGACAUGGGAGAGGGACUGUACAAUCAGCUCACAGUGGAACAUUAGUGUAUUUAUAGCCGACUGUAUUUAAUUUAAUCAGGGUGAGCUGUCAGGACAUAUUUUAUGCAUAGUUAUUUAUUAGGGAAAUUGCACCCUCUGUGAAUGUAGUAGUCUUUGAAAUUGUGUAGUGUGUGUGUACAGAGGGGAAGGAAGUACAGCCCUGUCAUUACCAGAGUUGCAGAGGUGUUGUCACCAUAGAACGGCUUCCUGUCGCUCUGCUGAUGCUGGACAAAAAACUCCUCUCAAAACAUCAACAUGAGAGCCUUAAGUGUCAUACUUUCCCAAAUAUUCAAUUGAAUCAGUUUGAAGAAAUUAAAGCAUCAUAUUCAAUAUUUCCAGGUGAUGUACAUAUUGCAGCGCGACUGGUUUUUCUCCCAGUUACUGAAUGCCCACUAAAGAAUGGAAUAAAUACAAUUGUACCAUGAUAUUUGCUUAGAAAGCUGUCUUUCAAAGUCCCAAUAGUUCCAAAUGUUUUGAUAUUUAACAAGGAAGCCGUUGAGUCCAGAUCUUAUGUAGCCUAUGUUCUUGUCUCUGGAUGUGUCACAGAUAGUCAUCAUGCAGAGCUCAUUGUGUGGUUAACGGCUGCUGCUGUGGUAUGAUCAGAACGCCUGUGUCUUCACUGUCAGCUAUGUGCUUGUCAUGGCAGGGGGACUGGGAGAGGGCCUGCUGGGACAACAACAUGGCAGGGGAAUCACUCAACACAUUCUGUUUUGACUGGCUGACUGACUGACUGGCUGACAGCAGUGAGGAGUUAUUCUCACCAGCCCCGCCCAUAUCCUGAAACUGAACAAACCCUUUGCUGUUGAACAAGGGUUCUAGUCAUUUGAAAAGAUGCUUUGCUAGAACUGAACUGAAACUCUCUGUUCCCUUGUUCCUCACUUUUUACUUUCUGUUUGAACCUAUAUCUGUCUCUGUAUACUGUGUAUGUGUGCACAUGCAAAAUUCACACACACAAACACAAUUUGGUACCCUUAAGUAUUGUUAAGCAGUAUUGCCUCUGCUUCCUGUAUCUAAUACAGGUUAGGCUACUGACUGUAGAAAGAGGCUAUUUGCACAAGUCUAAUCCCGAUCAUUAGAUAUAUGCUGUGAAUCCAUUAUUGUCAAAACAUAACAAUACUUACAGUGACCUCCGUACGCUCUCUCUAUGUUCUCCCCCUCCUAAUGCACGGUUAGCCUGUCCAGGCAGAGCUCUCUGUGAGGGGUCUACCUGUGACCUGUCUCUCAAAUGGCACCCUGUUCCCUAUAGGGAAUCCCAAAGGGCUCUGGUGAAAAGUAGUGCACUAAAUAGGGUGUCAUUUCGGAUGCUGCCCGCGUCUCUGAUUUGAACAAUUAAAUGGCGCCGUCACGUCAUUGGCACGCAGUCGAAAGGAAAGAGAGCUCCAGGCAGGCAGGCCAGGGGGGCUGUUUUAACCUUUGAGCACAGACUGAGGCUUAGCCGGGGAAGAGAGGAAGAGCGAGGAAGUGCUGGAGGUCACAACCUCCCCGUGGAUACACCCCACUUGUUUACUUAGCUGCUCCAGACCCACUUCCUCCAUCCCUCUCUGACUUCUCAAUCAACAUACUGCAUACAACUACAGUGUAGACUGUACGCGCAUUACAACACUCCCUUAUUAAAAGUCUGUCUAGAGCUCUCUCAAAUGCAUGCACACGUGUAUAGUGAGGACACACCGCGCACAGCAGGGGGUGCGAUGAUGGCUUUUCUGUCAAGCUCACCCGACACCUGAAAGGCAUUGACAUGCAUUUGUUUAUUUUAGCUUCUCUCCUAGAGCUGCACAUAAACAGACAGGAUUAGGAUCAGCCAUUUUGUUUAUGCGUCAUUCUCCUUCCAACCCGGUCUCAGUGGGUGUCUGGGCUUUGUAAAAAUAGAGACCGGUUGUUCUGCUUCCCUAUCGAUAACACUAGAGGUACUUUCUCUGAGGUUUAGCAGAAUGUUGCUCUUCGUGCUGCUGCUUUUAUCUGCAGCAGCAGGUAGCCUUAGACCUGCAGAGAAAAUAACUACUUUGAGUGUAGCUUUUAGAAACCUAUUGGCUUCUUCUGAAAAAUUGUAAUUUCAGUUGAACCAUGCAUGACACAUCAGUAAUGACCCUUUUGCAGAGAAAAUGGACAUUGUUGGAGGUUGGUUGGAACAUAAGCUCUAAUGUCACAGUGAGAGUGAGUUUAUGUGCACCGAUUUGACUUCAAAGCAGCCGUAUUGUGUUUGAACACGGCCAAAGGCAUUUAAGAGAAACCAAGUGCUAGCUGGUACCUUCACAUUGUCAGAGGCAUGAAAGGCGGCAUUUUAGACAGCUGGGUUGUGUUCAGUAGGGAGAAAACGUAUUGAAACGAGGAGAUAUUUAGAAUCUGUCCGCUAAGAACACAGAAUUUUUGUUGUAAAACAUUUUGCUGCGCACUUCUGAACACUAGGCUUGGGCAGUAUACCGUAUACUGGGGAAUUUAGAAAUUAUUUUCAAUACUGACUCGCAGGGGUGUGUGCUAUGCCACUGCUUAUACUAUAAGUUAACUAUCUAAGACGGGGGUGUGAAACUCAUUCCAUGUAGGGCCUAGUGUCUGCAGGCCCUAGAUGACCAGCUGUGAGGAGUUCCUUACUAAUUAGUGACCGUAAUUCAUCAAUCAAGUACAAGGGAGGAGUGAAAACCCGCGGACACUCGGCCCUCCGUGGAAUGAGUUGACACCUGUGGUCUAUACUGAACAAAAAUUUAAACGCAACAUGCAACAAUUUCAACGAUUUUACUGAGUUACAGUUCAUAUAAGGAAAUCAGUCAAUUGAAAUAAAUUCAUUAGGCCCUAAUCUAUGGAUUUCACAUGACUGGGCAGGGGCGCAGCCAUGGUUGGGCCUGGGAGGGCAUAGGCCCACCCAUUUGGGAGCCAGGCUCAGCCAAUCAGAAUUAGUUUUUCCCCACAAAAGGGCUUUAUUACAAACAGAAAUACUCCUCAGUUUCAUCAGCUGUCCGGAUGGCUGGUCUCAGACGCAGGUGAAGAAGCUGGAUGUGGAGGUCCUGGACUGGCGUGGUUACACGUGGUUGUGAGGCGUACUGCCAAAUGUUGGACGUACUGCCAAAUUCUCUAAAAUGACGUUGGAGGCGGCUUGUGAUAGAGAAAUGAACAUUAAGUUCUCUGGCAACAGCUCUGGUGGACAGUCCUGCAGUCAGCAUGCCAAUUGCACGCUCCCUCAAAACUUCAGACAUCUGUGGCAUUGUGUUGUGUGACAAAACUGCACAUUUUAGUGGCCUUUUAUUGUCUCCAGCACAAGGUGCAUCUGUGUAAUGCUGUUUAAUCAGCUUCUUGAUAUGCCACACCUGUCAGGUGGCUGGAUUAUCUUGGCAAAGGAGAAAUGCUCACUAACAGGGAUGUAAACAGAUUUGUGAACAGAAUUUUAGAGAAAUAAACUUUUUGUGCAUAUGGAAAAUGUCUGAACUUUUAUUUCAGCUCAUGAAACAUGGGACCAACACUUUACAUGUUGCGUUUAUAUUUUUGUUCAGUAUAUAAUGUGAUCUAAGAUUAUCUCCAGCUCAGGGCUCCAGCUCUGCAUUUUGUUUGCUAACUUUCUAGCUAAGUCGCUAGCUUGCAAGAUCAAACUUAUUGGGUACAGCAGAGACCAGCAAUCCCCUGCUGGAUCAAGAUUCCUGCUGAUUCGGUAUGAAGGUAUGACAAUCUGGAUACCGCCCAACCCUACAGAACACAACCCCGGUCAGUGUUGUUCUGUAUUGUGCCCUGUUCUACAUCUGUAAUGUAUCAUUAGCUAGGUGGUUAGACUGUGUUGACUUAGCUUGUUAACACCAAUAGUGUAACAGCCCUCUACUCUCAGGAUAUUUUCAUCAUUCAUACAGUGAAACGUAUCGACUGACUGAUGACGAACGUACAGUCUGUGUGCCUCUGGGAGCUUUGUCUCAGAGACAUCAUGGGCUCUUCUUGGAUGACCUUGCAGAAAAGAACAAUUCGCUCAGCUCCCAGACCCCAGUGCUACUGUAACAUAACAGACACAGCAGAGGUCAAGUUCAGGACAAAAUGCAUUAGCCUCUGGGUGAAAUCCCACUGGUCAGGUCUUGAUGAUCACUGAUGGUGAUUGAAUAUUGACCCUGGCCCCGGGCCUCCUGCAUGGCUGAAUUGUAGUCUUGUCCGGGCCACGUCCCAACACUAUCAAGCAGCAUCAUCCUUGACUAUGGCCUAUUUCCUUGUCCUCGCUGAUUUGAGCGGACUUGAUGGAUGCAGGCCAAGUAGCAUUGCAAGAAUAAAGCUGAAUACAGCAGUUAGCUGUACAUUAGCUUCCCGCAUUUGGAGUGACGACACAAGUUCAUACAGUAGGUCAAAGGAGGCUAUUAAGAGUAUUGGGAUGCAGCCUAGUAUCAUCUGUGUGUCUGCAACGGAAGAGUCUGUUGCCUUGGUGCCAGGCUGGGGGAGGAGGGCUGGACUGUAAUGGGGGCACGGUUCUGCUGGAAUGGCAACCCUGUCAUUGUGGUUCUGGCAACCCCAUAGAAUGACGAAAACCCACAUUUUAGGAACAGGCUGACAUCAGAGCUAGCUAGGCUAUUUCUCUGGGCUCAGUGGCAUGUUCCUAAACCGCUCCUCUCCUUUAAACCGUAACGUUACAGUACUAUUGACUGAUCCUAAACCGCUCCUCUCCUUUAAACAGUACUAAUGACUCAUCACACUGAAGGCUGGAAAUAUACUUUUUUAUUCCAGGGGUUUGUAUCUAUACUGAACAAUUUCAAAGAUUUUACUGCGUUACAGUUCAUAUAAGGAAAUCAGUCAAUUGAAAUAAAUGAAUUCGUCCCUAAUCUAUGGAUUUCACAUGAGUGGGAAUACAGAUAUGCAUCUGUUGGUCAUAGAUACCUUUAAAAAAAGGCAGGGGCGUGGAUCAGAAAACAAGUCAAUAUUGGGUGUGGCCACCAUUUAUUUGCCUCAUGGGGCCACUCUGUUCACAAUGUUGACAUCAGCAAACCGCUCGCCCACACGACGCCAUACACAUGGUCUGCGGUUGUGAGGCCGGUUGGAUGUACUGCCAAAUUCUCUAAAAUGACGCUUAUGGUAGAGAAAUUAACAUUAAAUUCUCUGGCAACAGCUCUGGUGGACAUUCCUGCAGUCAGCAUGCCAAUUGCAUGCUCCCGCAACUUGAGACAUCUGUGGCAUUUUGUUGUUGCGUGCGCAACUAUGGGGCAAAACAGACGGGGUUGGCUUAAAUUGUUGACAUGUAAACUAUAUUUCGUCUCCAAUGUUUAUUGAAAACAAAUACAUUUGCACAAUGAGCACUUCUCUCAAAUACAUCGUUAGAUUUUUUUAUUUGUAUUAUUACAGAUAGAUUGUGGCUUCUGUCAAUGUAAUUGUCUGCAUCAUUUUCAAUCCCCCAUAUACACUACCAGUCAAAAGUUUUGGACACACCACCUCAUUCAAGGGUUUUUCUUUAUUUUUACUAUUUUUUUUACAUUGUAGAAUAAUAGUGAAGACAUCAAAACUAUGAAAUAACACAUAUGGAAUCAUGUAGUAACCAAAAAAGUGUGGUGUGUGAUGACAGCUUUGCACACUCUUCGCAUUCUCUCAACCAGCUUCAUGAGGUAGUCACCUGGAAUGCAGUGUGCCUUCUUAAAAGUUAAUUUGUGGAAUUUCUUUCCUUCUUAAUGCGUUUGAGACAAUCAGUUGUGACAAGGAAGGGCGGGUAUACAGAAGAUAGCCCUAUUUGGCAAAAGAGCAAGUCCAUAUUAUGGCAAGAACAGUUCAAAUAAGCAAAGCGAAACGUCAGUCCAUCAUUACUUUAAGACAUGAAGGUUAGUCAAUACGGAACAUUUCAAGAACUUUUAAAGAUUCUUCAAGUGCAGUCGCAAAAACCAUCAAAUGCUAUGGUGAAACUGCCUCUCAUGAAGAACGCCACAGGAAUGGAAGACCCAGAGUUACCUCUGCUGCAGAGGAUAAGUUCAUUAGAGUUACCAGCCUCAGAAAUUGCAGCCCAAAUAAAUGCUUCACAGAGUUCAAGUAACCGACACAUCUCAACAUCAACUGUUCAGAGGAGACUGUGUGAAUCAGGCCUUCAUGGUCGAAUUGCUGCAAAGAAACCACUACUAAAGGACACCAAUAAGAAGAAGAGACUUGCUUGAUCCAAGAAAUACGAGCAAUGGACAUUAGACCGGUGGAAAUGUGUCCUUUGGUCUGGAGUCCAAAUUUGAGAUUUUUGGUUCCAACCGCCGUGGCUUUGUGAGACGUGGUGUGGGUGAACGGAUGAUCUCUGCAUGUAUAUUUCCCACCGUAAAGCAUGGAGGAGGAGGUGUAAUGGUGUGGAGGUGCUUUGCUGGUGACACUGUCUGUGAUUUAUUUAGAAUUCAAGGCACACUUAACCAGCAUGGCUACCACAGCAUUCUGCAGCGAUACGCCAUCCCAUCUGGUUUGGGCUUAGUGGGACUAUCAUUUGUUUUUCAACAGGACAAUGACCCAACACACCUCCAGGCUGUGUAAGGGCUAUUUUACCAAUAAGGAGAGUGAUGGCGUGCUGCAUCAGAUGACCUGGCCUCCACAAUCCCCCAACCCCAACCCAAUUGAGAUGGUUUGGGAUGAGUCGGACCGCAGAGUGAAGGAAAAGCAGCCAACAAGUGCUCAGCAUAUGUGGGAACUCAUUCAAGACUGUUGGAAAAGCAUUCCAGGUGAAGCUGGUUGAGAGGCCAAGAGUGUGCAAAGCUGUCAGUAGGUGUGUCCAAACUUUUGACUGGUAUUGUGUGUGUGUGUGUGUGUGUGUGUGUGUGUGUGUGUGUGUGUGUGUGUGUAAAAUAUAUAUAUAUACUGUGUGUUGAUAUACACAGUAUCUCACAAAAGUGAGUACACCCCUCACAUUUUUGUAAAUAUUUGAGUAUAUCUUUUCAUGUGACAACACUGAAUAAAUGACACUUUGCUACAAUGUAAAGUAGUGAGUGUACAGCUUGUAUGACAGUGUAAAUUUGCUGUCCCCUCAAAAUAACACAACACACAGCCAUUCAUGUCUAAAACGCUGGCAACAAAAGUGAGUACACCCCUAAGUGAAAAUGUCCAAAUUGGGCCCAAAGUGUCAAUAUUUUGUGUGGCCACCAUCAUUUUCCAGCACUGCCUUAACCCGCUUGGGCAUGGAGUUCACCAGAGCUUCACAGGUUGCCACUGGAGUCCUCUUCCACUCCUCCAUGACGACAUCACAGAGCUGGUGGAUGUUAGAGACCUUGCACUCCUCCACCUUCCGUUUGAGGAUGCCCCACAGAUAGAUGCUCAAUAGCGUUUAGGUCUGGAGACAUGCUUGGCCAGUCCAUCACCUUUACCCUCAGCUUCUUUAGCAAGGCAGUGGUUGUCUUGGAGGUGUGUUUGGGGUCGUUAUCAUGUUGGAAUACUGCCCUGCGGCCCAGUCUCCGAAGGGAGGGGAUCAUGCUCUGCUUCAGUAUGUCACAGUACAUGUUGGCAUUCAUGGUUCCCUCAAUGAACUGUAGCUCCCCAGUGCCGGCAGCACUCAUUCAGCCCCAGACCAUGACACUCCCACCACCAUGCUUGACUGUAGGCAAGACACACUUGUCUUUGUACUCCUCACCUGGUUGCCGCCACACACGCUUGACACCAUCUGAACUAAAUAAGUUUAUCUUGGUCUCAUCAGGACAUGGUUCCAGUAAUCCAUGUCCUUAGUCUGCUCGUCUUCAGCAAACUGUUUGCGGGCUUUCUUGUGCAUCAUCUUUAGAAGAGGCUUCCUUCUGGGACGACAGCCAUGCAGACCAAUUUGAUGCAGUGUGCGGCGUAUGGUCUGAGCACUGACAGGCUGACCCCCCCCCCCCACCUCUUCAACCUCUGCAGCAAUGCUGGCAGCACUCAUACGUCUAUUUCCCAAAGACAACCUCUGGAUAUGACGCUGAGCACGUGCACUCAACUUCUUUGGUCGACCAUGGCGAGGCCUGUUCUGAGUGGAACCUGUCCUGUUAAACCGCUGUAUGGUCUUGGCCACCGUGCUGCUGCUCAGUUUCAGGGUCUUGGCAAUCUUCUUAUAGCCCAGGCCAUCUUUAUGUAGAGCAACAAUUCUUUUUUUCAGAUCCUCAGAGUUCUUUGCCAUGAGGUGCCAUGUUGAACUUCCAGUGACCAGUAUGAGGGAGUGUGAGAGCGAUGACACCAAAUUUAACACACCUGCUCCCUAUUCACACCUGAGACCUUGUAACACUAACGAGUCACAUGACACCGGGGAGGGAAAAUGGCUAUUUGGGCCCAAUUUGGACAUUUUCACUUAGGGGAGUACUCACUUUUGUUGCCAGCGGUUUAGACAUUAAUGGCUGUGUGUUGAGUUAUUUUGAGGGGACAGCAAAUGUAAAUGUACACUGUUAUACAAGCUGUACACUCACUACAUUACAUUGUAGCAAAGUGUAAUUUCUUCAGUGUUGUCACAUGAAAAGAUACACUCAAAUAUUUACAAAAAUGUGAGGGGUGUACUCACUUUUGUGAGAUACUGUAUGUAUGUAUAUAUAUGUGUGUAUAUGUAUAUGUGUGUAUAUAUAUGUGGUCCUCUGUAGCUCAAUUGGUAGAGCAUGGCGCUUGUAACACCAGGGUAGUGGGUUCGAUCCCCGGGACCACCCAUAUGUAAAAAUGUAUGCCCACAUGACUGUAAGUCGCUUUGGAUAAAAGUGUCUGCUAAAUGGCAUAUUUAUUUUAAAUUUCAUGUAUGUGUGUGUGUGUGUGUAUGUAUAUACAGUGGGGAAAAAAAGUAUUUAGUCAGCCACCAAUUGUGCAAGUUCUCCCACUUAAAAAGAUGAGAGAGGCCUGUAAUUCUCAUCAUAGGUACACGUCAACUAUGACAGACAAAUUGAGAAAAAAAAUCCAGAAAAUCACAUUGUAGGAUUUUUUAUGAAUUUAUUUGCAAAUUAUGGUGGAAAAUAAGUAUUUGGUCACCUACAAACAAGCAAGAUUUCUGGCUCUCACAGACCUGUAACUUCUUCUUUAAGAGGCUCCUCUGUCCUCCACUCGUUACCUGUAUUAAUGGCACCUGUUUGAACUUGUUAUCAGUAUAAAAGACACCUGUCCACAACCUCAAACAGUCACACUCCAAACUCCACUAUGGCCAAGACCAAAGAGCUGUCAAAGGACACCAGAAACAAAAUUGUAGACCUGCACCAGGCUGGGAAGACUGAAUCUGCAAUAGGUAAGCAGCUUGGUUUGAAGAAAUCAACUGUGGGAGCAAUUAUUAGGAAAUGGAAGACAUACAAGACCACUGAUAAUCUCCCUCGAUCUGGGCCUCCACGCAAGAUCUCACCCCGUGGGGUCAAAAUGAUCACAAGAACGGUGAGCAAAAAUCCCAGAACCACACGGGGGGACCUAGUGAAUGACCUGCAGAGAGCUGGGACCAAAGUAACAAAGCCUACCAUCAGUAACACACUACGCCGCCAGGGACUCAAAUCCUGCAGUGCCAGACGUGUCCCCCUGCUUAAGCCAGUACAUGUCCAGGCCCGUCUGAAGUUUGCUAGAGUGCAUUUGGAUGAUCCAGAAGAGGAUUGGGAGAAUGUCAUAUGGUCAGAUGAAACCAAAAUAGAACUUUUUGGUAAAAACUCAACUCGUCGUGUUUGGAGGACAAAGAAUGCAGAGUUGCAUCCAAAGAACACCAUACCUACUGUGAAGCAUGGGGGUGGAAACAUCAUGCUUUGGGGCUGUUUUUCUGCAAAGGGACCAGGACGACUGAUCCGUGUAAAAGAAAGAAUGAAUGGGGCCAUGUAUCGUGAGAUUUUGAGUGAAAACCUCCUUCCAUCAGCAAGGGCAUUGAAGAUGAAACGUGGCUGGGUCUUUCAGCAUGACAAUGAUCCCAAACACACCGCCCGGGCAACAAAGGAGUGGCUUCGUAAGAAGCAUUUCAAGGUCCUGGAGUGGCCUAGCCAGUCUCCAGAUCUCAACCCCAUAGAAAAUCUUUGGAGGGAGUUGAAAGUCCGUUUUGCCCAGCGACAGCCCCAAAACAUCACUGCUCUAGAGGAGAUCUGCAUGGAGGAAUGGGCCAAAAUACCAGCAACAGUGUGUGAAAACCUUGUGAAGACUUACAGAAAACGUUUGACCUGUGUCAUUGCCAACAAAGGGUAUAUAACAAAGUAUUGAGAAACUUUUGUUAUUGACCAAAUACUUAUUUUCCACCAUAAUUUGCAAAUAAAUUCAUAAAAAAUCCUACAAUGUGAUUUUCUGGAUUUUUUUUUCUCAUUUUGUCUGUCAUAGUUGACGUGUACCUAUGAUGAAAAUUACAGGCCUCUCUCAUCUUUUUAAGUGGGAGAACUUGCACAAUUGGUGGCUGACUAAAUACUUUUUUUCCCCCACUGUAUGUAUAUACAUAUAUACACAUAUACAUACAUAUACAUACACUGCUCAAAAAAGUAAAGGGAACACUUAAACAACACAAUGUAACUCCAAGUCAAUCACACUUCUGUGAAAUCAAACUGUCCACUUAGGAAGCAACACUGAUUGACAAUACAUUUCACAUGCUGUUGUGCAAAUGGAAUAGACAACAGGUGGAAAUUAUAGGCAAUUAGCAAGACACCCCCAUUAAAGGACUGGUUUUGCAGUUGGUGACCACAGACCACUUCUCAGUUCCUAUGCUUCCUGGCUGAUGUUUUGGUCACUUUUGAAUGCUUGCCGGUGCUUUCACUCUAGUGGUAGAAUGAGACGGAGUCUACAACCCACACAAGUGGCUCAGAUAGUGCAGCUCAUCCAGGAUGGCAUAUCAAUGCGAGCUGUGGCAAGAAGGUUUGCUGUGUCUGUCAGCGUAGUGUCCAGAGCAUGGAGGCGCUACCAGGAGACAGGCCAGUACAUCAGGAGACGUGGAGGAGGCCGUAGGAGGGCAACAACCCAGCAGCAGGACUGCUACCUCCGCCUUUGUGCAAGGAGGAGCAGGAGGAGCACUGCCAGAGCCCUGCAAAAUGACCUCCAGCAGGCCACAAAUGUGCAUGUGUCUGCUCAAACGGUCAGAAACAGACUCCAUGAGGGUGGUAUGAGGGCCCGACGUCCGCAGGUGGGGGUUGUGCUUACAGCCCAACACCGUGCAGGACGUUUGGCAUUUGCCAGAGAACACCAAGAUUGGCAAAUUCGCCACUGGCGCCCUGUGCUCUUCACAGAUGAAAGCAGGUUCACACUGAGCACAUGUGACAGACGUGAUAGAGUCUGGAGACGCCGUGGAGAACGUUCUGCUGCCUGCAACAUCCUCCAGCAUGACCGGUUUGGCGGUGGGUCAGUCAUGGUGUGGGGUGGCAUUUCUUUGGGGGGCCGCACAGCCCUCCAUGUGCUCGCCAGAGGUAGCCUGACUGCCAUUAGGUACCGAGAUGAGAUCCUCAGACCCCUUGUGAGACCAUAUGCUGGUGCGGUUGGCCCUGGGUUCCUCCUAAUGCAAGACAAUGCUAGACCUCAUGUGGCUGGAGUGUGUCAGCAGUUCCUGCAAGAGGAAGGCAUUGAUGCUAUGGACUGGCCCGCCCGUUCCCCAGACCUGAAUCCAAUUGAGCACAUCUGGGACAUCAUGUCUCGCUCCAUCCACCAACGCCACGUUGCACCACAGACUGUCCAGGAGUUGGCGGAUGCUUUAGUCCAGGUCUGGGAGGAGAUCCCUCAGGAGACCAUCCGCCACCUCAUCAGGAGCAUGCCCAGGCGUUGUAGGGAGGUCAUACAGGCACGUGGAGGCCACACACACUACUGAGCCUCAUUUUGACUUGUUUUAAGGACAUUACAUCAAAGUUGGAUCAGCCUGUAGUGUGGUUUUCCACUUUAAUUUUGAGGGUGACUCCAAAUCCAGACCUCCAUGGGUUGAUACAUUUGAUUUCCAUUGAUAAUUUUUGUGUGAUUUUGUUGUCAGCACAUUCAACUAUGUAAAGAAAAAAGUAUUUAAUAAGAUUAUUUCAUUCAUUCAGAUCUAGGAUGUGUUCUUUUAGUGUUCCCUUAAUUUUUUUUGAGCAGUGUAUUAUUAUGUAUAUACACAUAUGUAUAUACACUGUAUUUCUGAUCAAUUUGAUGUUAUUUUAAAGGCCCAAAAAAUUGCUUUUCUUUCUAAAACAAGGACAUUUCUAAGUGACCCCAAAGUUUUUUCGUAGUGUGUAUAUAUAUAUAAAAAUCUUGCAUAUCUUAAUUCAUUCCCACAAUAGACGAAUAAUACGCGUAAUAAUAUAAGAAGGAUUGUUACCCAUAGCAACAGCUGGUAGUAGGAAUUCUACAUUUUUGUCAACAGAUGUGGGAUGCAUACACUCACUCACCCCACCCCUCCCAAACAAACACCUCUGCCCCUCUCUCCUCUUCCACCCAUAGAUCGACCCCCCCCCCCCACACACACACACACACACACACAAGCACAAACUCAAAUGUUCAACAGUUGUUCCAUCCCUGAGCCUCAAGAGAAGACUUGAUGUGUGAAUGCAUAUACAGUUUGUCUAUGUAAGAAGGCAUGCCAAAUUGAGCAGGAAUGGGAAGAUUUGAUUAACCAAUAUCUAGUCCUAUCUGAUGGAGCCUCCUCCCCCCCAACCCACACACGCUGGUCCCCCAUUGUGACCCAUCUUCCCAAGCACCUCUGUGCAGUCAGACCGUUUGAUUAUACUGUGCCUCCAGGGCCAAAAUAAUAUGCCCCCUCUCUGAUUGUCCGAGUGUGACUCCUUCCCCAUGGGUUACUGCAGCCAGUGUUACAGUUGUUGAUUAGCUAACUAGCGAAUUUGAGCCAUAUUAGCAUUGACAUGAAAUCAGUCAAAACACCUCAAAACCACACAUGGUAUCAAUAACAAGAUUAAACUAGCUGAAACAAGCCACUUACGAUUCCCCACAUGGUAGUUUCUUGUCAAUGUUGGUUGCUAUCUGGCCAUCCAGAAUCACAACAACACACACAACCCAUUAAAGCGUGCACUUUUUUUUUAUGACGUUGUCAGCUAACAAUUUUGUUAAGAGGGCCUGGGUAUGGCUUUGCUUUAGGUGCCUUUGCACCACGUCAGUAAAAUAGAAUCGAGUUGAAACACCACUGUCUCCAUAGAGGGAUACACAGCCCAGUCAGAAACAAAACUUUCGAUUCUAGGUUUGAAAUGCUUUGAAAUGACACUGGGAAGCUAGGAUAUAACUUUUUGUCCUCUCUGUUUCUCUCUCUCCCUCUGUCUCCUCUUCUUUGACCUUGGUAGCUCCUGGAACUGUUUGACAGUGAGGACCCCCGGGAGAGGGACUUCCUGAAGACGGUCCUGCAUCGGAUCUACGGGAAGUUCCUAGGGUUGCGGGCUUUCAUCAGGAAGCAGAUCAACAACAUCUUCUUGCGGUGAGUGAAUAGUGAAGCGCCCCUCUCCCUUGUUCACAGGAGCAAACAGCGGGGCCUCCUUCAAAGACACACAGAACCACACAGGGAUCCGUCAAACUGAGUUCAAACCCCCCGCAGCUCGGUACCUAAAAAGUCCAUAGUCGUAUUCAUUAGGGCUUACUGUAGGAAAACGUUUUCAAACGUAAUAGAAAAGAGCGUUUCUCAUUGGAUGAGAUCAUGAAUACCGCAACCUCCCCCGUGUCCCUGGGAGCCCACCCCUGUCAGUUGGCUUCCCCUCUUCUUUCUGUCUAUGCCCUGGCUGAGAAGGGGAACUGUCCUGCUUUCUGUCUAUGCCCUGGUUGAGAAGGGGAACUGUCCUGCUUUCCGUCUAUGCCCUGGUUGAGAAGGGGAACUGUCCUGCUUUCUGUCAAUGCCCCGGUUAAGAAGGGAAACUGUCCUGCUGUGAGCGUUUCCCUGGCAGGCUUUCCCAACCAGGUUCUUUCAGGCAGCAGCAGCAGCAGCUUGGGGACAACUGGUAGAUAGAUGGGACAUGAUCAAGCCUACGUCAGACCCACAGCACAUCUGGUGUCAGUGCAGAGGAAAUGUCCUCAUGUCAAAGGGUCAUAGGGUCAAAAGUCAAGCGGGAUUCUCACAAAGGAGUUGGGUUAGAGUGUUACAGUGGCUGAGCACAUUUCACAGGUUUUACACAUGCUAUGAUUAGACUCUGAACAUCGAUGUUAGCAGAGGGGGCCAUUUUAGCCGUCCUUAUGCGCUCUCUCUCUCCCUCUCUCUUCUCCGUUGUGUCCAAUCAGAACCAUACGCUCCGCUACUCAGUGUGUAGUCAUUUGUAGUUUGAUGGUGAUGGUGAUGAUGAUUGUGAUGGUGUGUUUGUGUUGUCUGAUUCUGGUAGGUUCAUCUACGAGACCGAUCACUUCAACGGAGUGGCCGAACUCCUGGAGAUACUGGGGAGGUGAGUCCAGAGGUGUUGUGGUGUGACACUGGGGAGGUGAGUCCAGAGGUGUUGUGGUGUGACACUGGGGAGGUGAGUCCAGAGGUGUUGUGGUGUGAGUUCAAGCAUGCAUCAAUAUUAUCAAGCACCUUUGACUCUAGCUGCAGUGGUACAGCUAGCACAAGGAACUAGGACAUGCAACCAUGUACACUCGUAUGCCAGAAUAUCUCCAUUUGAGCUAAUAUGCUCAUAACUACAUCAGUAGGUCCCUUUAGGCUGUUCUGCUGUUAGCGCCCCAUCACCACAUAAUUCUGGGAAACCCCAGUCGCACUGCUGACCUCUGGCAUUUUCCACUUUUUGAGUUAAUGGCCACUAGUGGCUCUUCCUGUUUAGUGUUAUUUGUAGAAAGCGUUAUUUUGUUCCAGCAGUGAAAUGUCUCCCUGGUUCUAGCUAUGAAUAGUCAUCUCUGCAUCUCAGACCGCCCACACUGCUCUCUGUUUCCUCAGCUAUUCUGGAUAUAGUGGGUGGGUGGGGGGGUUCUGUUGGCUGCAUCAUCCAUACUUUGUGUGUGUCCCAUGCAUGUGUGUUUGCUAAUGCUUGCCUCUCAAGGCGAUGAUUGAUUGAAGUGUUGUUUGUGUCUAUCUGCAGCAUCAUCAAUGGCUUUGCACUGCCGUUGAAGGCGGAACACAAGCAGUUCCUGAUGAAGGUGCUCAUCCCCAUGCAUACCGCCAAAGGACUGGCCCUGUUCCACGCACAGGUAAACAAAUGCGUAAUUGAUGCUCAAUUAAGUUAUUAGAACUAGGAUCAGAACUGGAAUGAAGAGCUCCACCCUCUCUCUUUGCAAGUUACGCGCCGAAUGUCCUCUCCCCUUACGAAAUUUGAAAGAUGCUAAAACCUGCUAAAUCAUGAUUUGUCCAAAGAACCGGAACUAAUGCUGUUCGUUAUCUCACGCAGACCGUUGUAUCACGACAGAUCUACAGUACCAUUUAUGUUUACGUAGUCUGUCCACCAGAGACUACCAAAUUCCUAAUACAAGAUGAAUAAAUAACCAAUUUUAAAGUUGUUGAUUUGAACUACUCUCUCUCAGUAGACAACAACUAUUCUAUUUUUAGCACCUAUCUAAAUCUGAGAAAUGUAACUGGCAUAAUGUGGGUUUUAAAACGAAUUAUAGGUCUAAGUUCAUAAAAUAUUAUGAUAUGGUAAUUAGCCUAGCUACCCAUUUGUUCUGUCAGGUCAGGCUUUGUGAACAGUAGAUGACCUAGAUGCCUAGUUAAGCAUAACUCUCAUGAGCUGAAGUGAACUGUGCUCUGAAAAAAGCCUUGGAUAACAGUGCCAUCUAGUGGCCGUAGAAUGAACUUGAAAGCUCUGAUAGUAUUGUAUACAGAACGCACCACAUGGGAACAUUUAUGUUAACAGUAAGUACAUAAUAUCACUACCUGUUCUGUUUCCUUUUAGCUGGCCUACUGUGUCGUCCAGUUCCUGGAGAAGGACCCCACCCUCACAGAGCCGGUACUCUAACCAACUAACAUUCCUCAAAUUCUACUAUUGGGACACUAGGUUGUGGAUGCCAGCUCUCCCUUGGAGCUGUAGGAAUGUUGUUGUGUGCUAUGAAUCUGUCUGUGCAGGUUUCAUAUAGGGGACAAACAAUGUUAGCUUUCUCAAACAAGUUUGAGUCCAAAAUCAUGAAUAGUUCAUAUUGUACCUAGCUAAAUGGCAUGUAAAAUGCUGCAGCACUAUCGACCUAUGCACAGUACUGUAGGUUUGUUGACUAAAGACAAAGACAAAAAAACUAAAGGCUCUUCCUUGGAACUUAGUGUCAUCUGUUCAAUCCUCAGGUGAUUCGGGGGCUGUUGAAGUUUUGGCCCAAAACCUGUAGCCAGAAGGAGGUAUGUCUGUCUGUCUGUCAUGACUGGUAGAUGACACCAAACACUGGAACAGAUGCUGUACCUUGUAUACCAUAAGUGUGGUUCUGAACAGUGUACUGGCUUCUCUUGAGCAUCUGACUUCCUCAUGUGUCUAUUGUUGUUUCCCACUUGCCCUAGGUGAUGUACCUGGGGGAAAUGGAGGAGAUCCUGGAUGUCAUUGAACCCACCCAGUUCAAGAAGAUCCAAGAGCCCCUGUUCAAGCAGAUCUCCAGAUGUGUGGCCAACCCCCACUUCCAGGUACAGUCUUGACUGCCUUGAAUUUCAACGUACUUUUAGCUCCUAGUGAAGCAAAUGUUAUCAAUAAAAGUGCAUCUCCAGCGAACUCUGAUCUGGGACGUUUUCUUGAGUUUGUUUCAGGUGGUUCCUCAUACAGUACAUUAAAACUAUUUCUGCUCACCCCUAUUCAGCUGCCUCCUCCAUUCACUGCUACAUUUACUUUUUUCCCCUUUCAUUUUUCAUAACCACCUCGAGAGCUAUACAGCACUUCUCUAAAUGGGUUUUCUCUCUGGCAGUGGAGCUGUGAAAAUGGCCGCCCUAUACUUAACAUGUUCCUGUCAUUUGUUAGAAUGCCAGCCCGACUCAUUUCCUGUUGAUCCUUACAGGUAGCGGAGAGAGCCCUCUACUUCUGGAACAACGAGUACAUCCUGAGCCUCAUUGAGGAGAACAUCGACAAGAUUCUGCCUAUCAUGUUUGGUAGCCUGUACAGAAUCUCCAAAGAACACUGGAACCCGUACGUAUGCCACUCUCCGGUUCUCAACCCAUUGCCCCUCAGGGUAAAGCAGUAACAAGCAACACCAUGCAUAAUACUGGAGUCUCUUACCUAUAGUUGGCGUAGAGGUGGGGCUUUAUGUUUUCUGCUAAAUCCCUCUCUAACUAACUGUAUGUAUAACAAAAUGGUCAUGUCUCCAGAUAUCAAUGUCAUGUUUCCUCCAACAUCCUGUCACUGAAAUACCAAAUGAAUGUUUUUCCAGUUAUCCAAUCUCAGCAUUGCUACUGUAGGAUUGACUUAGAGACGGUACAUAUCCUCUGGAUGUAUUUAAGUCGGAUGCCAUUAUCCGUUGUGUGUUUCCAGGACGAUUGUAGCUCUGGUCUACAACGUGCUGAAGACCCUGAUGGAGAUGAACAGCACACUAUUUGACGAGCUGACAGCCUCCUACAAAUCAGACAGACAGCGGUGAGUGAGCUCCCUCCAGCUCGUAUAUUCAUUCUUGUUAUUUUUCAGUAUAAACAAACUAUUACAAUAACAAGUCAGGUAUAAUGUAUGAAGUUGGGAAACAAAGCUGGCCUGUGUGCAUGGUACAACACAUAAUACACUGGAUUACAUUACCUCUGUUAGCUACCCAUUUUCAAGGACAGUCAGUCCUUUAGUUUCCCCUCCAUAGUUAAGGUCUGACAGCGUUGUGUUUGGUGUGUCUUGUGUGUGUGUCUUGUGCGUGUGUGUGUCUUGUGCGUGCUUGUGUCUCCAGGGAGAAGAAGAAGGAGCAGGAGAGGGAGGAGCUGUGGAAGAAGCUGGAUGAGCUGAAGCUGAGUGAUGCAGCGGCACUGGUGCAGAACAACAGCCACGAGCUCCAGAACAACAACAGCAACAACAACAACAAUCAACAAGACAACCAGGAGAAGGGCACCGCUGUCGUCGCCAUGGAUACCGCAGAGAGUGUCAGAAGUGCCAAAUGA